GCGUAGACCCGCUACGAGACUCGUAACCGAUCUACGAGUCGUAGCCGGAUCGUAAUUAUUUUUAUGGAACGCGUAAUUAUUUUUAUGGGAUUGUUGUGGGACAGACAUUAGAGUGAUGUGUUGUGUGUGUGGAUGCGUUAGUUAAUCUCCUGCGCCCGUGAAUGAACUGAAGCCGGUGGAGCAUGAAUAUACCAUCAUGAUUUCGUGAAGAAAUAAAUUCAAAUGCGGGCGAGGACUAAAAGAUGAACAGGCCGGGAUACGAGUACACCGUGCCCGUGUCGACCACUUACUAUGCCUCAACUACCCGGCCUCCGCAGUACGACCGCGGGUAUGGCCAGCUCGCACCGGUGCCUCUAUACAGUCCAACCUCACACCCGCUGUCCAACUACGCCGACGUAUACGAGGGAAACAAUGACACUACCCUACGAGCGGAAGAGAGACAUUGGUACAUAGAGAACCAUAAGAACCUCCAGCCGAAUUACGCGAGCCACGAGGCCGCGCCGCAGAAGAUAAAAGAGGAGGAGAAGAAGAGUGAGCCGACGGUGACGAGGUCGGAUGCAGCGCAGAUCCGACAGAGAAGAAAGGAGGACAGAUGCUCGUGCGAGUGCUGGCCCAGCGUCGACAAUAAUGUGGUGCAGGACGGGAAUGAAACCACGCGCUCGCUGUCCGGCGUAGACAUGGUCGCCUCGUAUGGGGUAUACGGGAAUUCGCAGGAUGAUGAGAGUUCAGGGUUCGCUCGCGUCAGCGAAAAGAAUACGAGAUUUAGCCAAGCGGCCGAGGCACCUGUGCAGGGUGUGAUAGUGAAUCAACAGGGCAACAGUGCAGUCGUCCGAGCGACGGCUGCCACAGAGUCCUCCUGCAAAUGCUGCUGGACGUCCAACGCGCAGGCCGCGAAUUCCGAAGACUACUGCUGGAUCCACUAUUGUAGACCGGCGUUAAUAGUUCUCUUACUUAUAUUUUUUCUAGUAUUGUUGGGAGUUUCGACAGGGUUUUUACUUACUAAUAACUAUUUACAUUACCAGCCUAGACCACCAGCGCCAGAAGAAGCGUGUGAGAAGACGUUCUGCCGCUGGGGCGCGGAAUGCGUGUCCCUGGGCGACGGGCGCGCGCACUGCGCCUGCCCCGCCACCUGUCCGUCCGCCGCGGCCCCCGUGUGCUCCACCGCCGGCAGAACCUACCGCAACCACUGCUACUUGCGCAAGGAGGCCUGCGAACGACGGCUCAAUUUGCGAGUGAAACAUGAAGGCGAAUGCGAAGCCGGGGAUCCGUGCAGUGGAGUGGCCUGUCCAAGCGGCGCGCGUUGUGUGGUCGCAUACGGGCAGGCGGAGUGUAGAUGUCCCCGCAACUGCCAAAGGCGGAAACCCGUGUGCGGUAGCGACGGCCACGAAUACCCAUCCGCCUGCCACCUCGAUAAGCACGCGUGCGACAACCAGCUAAACAUCACUAUCAAGUAUCAUGGGAAAUGUGACCCGUGUUCGGAGCAUGAGUGCGUGGACGGCGGUGUCUGCCAGCUGAACGAGGUCCGCGCACCGGUCUGCCGAUGCGGCCCCCCCUGCGACCUGAUAGUGCGACCCACCUCCAGCGUCUGCGGGUCGGACUUCAAAGAUUAUGACAGCGAGUGCGCCCUGCGCCGAGAGUCGUGCAGGACGAGGCAGCAGCUGUCCAUCGCGUAUAGGGGGGUUUGCGCUUCAGCUCAACAUCCCUGCGAGUCAGUGAAAUGCGGUGUUCGCGAGCAGUGUUCGCUGGACGCUCGCGGUGUAGCCGUGUGUGGCUGUGGUGCAGACUGCGAGGAGGUGGUGCGACCGGUGUGCGGCACUGAUGGCAGGACUUACGACAAUCCCUGCCAGCUCGACCGCACAGCGUGCUUGGACAACCGGGACAUACGCAUCGCUUAUAUGGGGGCUUGUGGCGCUGAAAACCCCUGCGCACGCGCCUCCUGUCCCUGGGAAGGAGCGUGUAUAGCGCGGGGCGGGGGUGCCCAGUGCUCCUGCCCUGUAUGCGACGCGACCCUGGCCCCCGUGUGCGCUACGGACCUGAACACAUACGGCAGCGAGUGCAAGAUGCGCAUGCAUGCAUGCCAGGCGGGACUCCAGGAGGGCGAUGUGCGAGUGCUAUACAACGGGACCUGCCAGACGUGUGCUGACAUCGUGUGUUUGGGAGGUGGUGACUGCGAGAUGGACGCAGAUGCUGGAAGACCCUUGUGCAAAUGUAACCACAACUGCACGGAAGCUAAGGAGUCGGACGUGGUGUGCGGCAGCAACGGUCAGAGCUAUCCGUCACAGUGCGAGCUCGAUCUGACGGCGUGUCGGGAGCAGAGCGAGCUGCGGUUGGCCUAUAGGGGCGAUUGUGCUCUCUGCGAAGAAGUCCAAUGCUCGUACGGCGCAGAAUGUGUGGCCGGGGAGUGUCUUUGUCCCACCGACUGUACCGGCGCUCCCCACGAGCCAGUCUGCGGCAGCACCAUGCAGACUUUCCCGAACGAGUGUGAGCUGCAGAAAGCGGCCUGCAAGCUGCCACCUCCCAACAAGCUGCACGUCAUAUUCUACGGCGACUGCAAAGACAGACUCGCUGUGGUACCGCCGAUUGCUUUAACAACCACGGCAAUGACGACGACCGAGGUCGAGGACGUAACGGACACGCUGGGUGCGACGGAAUACCUCGGCUCGACGAGCCCGUCAGCCUGUCGAGACAUUCGGUGCGAUUUCGACGCGAGCUGCGAGAUCGGCUUCGACGGGUACCCGCGCUGCUCCUGCCUGUUCGAGUGCCCGGCGGAUAAUGAGUAUUUCCCCGUCUGUGCCUCCGAUUUCCGCCUGUACCCGAGCCUGUGCGCGAUGCGGAAGGAGGGCUGUCAAAAACAGCUGGAGCUCAGACUGAGACCGUUAGAUUUGUGCAAAGGUAUGGAGGUGCGACCGUGCGGUAGCAACAAAGCUAUGACAGACCCGUCGACGGGCCUCGAGAUAGACUGCGGUAACGGGCCGCAUCGCCAGGAUUGCCCGACGGGCAGCUACUGUCACAUCACCCUCACCACAGCCAGAUGCUGCGUCAAGAAUGAAACUAAGCAAGUCGAGGAGAGGAAGCCUGCACACUGCUCGGAGUCGGCUUACGGGUGUUGCUCCGACGGGUCUGCGGCCGUCGGGCCUAAUGAUGAGGGGUGUCCGAUUAGCAGUUCGACUUGCGGCUGCAAUCGAUUGGGCUCGGUGUCCGACCGAUGCGACGAGAGCGGUCAGUGUUCGUGUCGGCCCGGCGUCGGCGGACUCAAGUGUGACCGCUGCGAGCCGGGAUACUGGGGCUUGCCGCGAAUUGGCUCCGGCCACACGGGAUGCAUACCAUGCGGUUGCUCCGCAUUCGGUUCGGUGCGGGAAGACUGCGAGCAGAUGACCGGGCGGUGUGUCUGUCGGACCGGCGUACAGGGACAGAAGUGCACCGUCUGCGCUGAUCAUCGCCGGAGACUUGGCCCCAACGGGUGCUCGGAUCCGGAGAUAGGCAGCCUGGCGAACUCGUGCGCAGAACUGUCUUGUUACUUCGGCGCGGUGUGCACGGAGCGCACCGGGGGCGCGUUGUGCGAGUGCGCCGCUGCACCAUGUCCGGAUACGGAUCGGAAUAUGCUCGUAUGUGGCAGCGACGGCAAGACUUACGAGUCGGAAUGCCACCUCAAGCUCCAGGCAUGUCGGACUCAAGAGGACAUAGUGGUGCAGGCUUUCGGGCCUUGUAAGCUGUCAGAGGUCAUCGGGACCGUGGGUCCACCGCGACCCUCCUCUCCGAUCCAGUUCACCCAGCAGGACGAUGGAGCAGCGUCCAAGUCCACGAGACAUCUCCUCAACCCCAAAUACGAUUGGACGAGGAAGGAAACACCGAGCGAUAUUGAUAGUCUCAUCGCGGGACAGGAAUCUAAAGGGUCACAAACGGCGACGACUGCUACGGUGGGCGCCGUAGGAGCAUUGCUUGGUGAUCUGUGUAAUGAGGACGCUGACUGCGCCGCGCUACCGGGCGCCCACUGUACUAAUGGAGGCUGCGUGUGUCGCCCAGGGUACUCGCCUACUAUACACAGGAAGGCGUGUAUUGAACAAGCGACACAGGAGCCGACCGAGGAGUACAGUGCGUGUAUAUCCGAGCCGUGCUACAACAUGGGCACCUGUAUAGACCUGCCCGGCUCCACAUACGCCUGUGUGUGUACAGAACAACACACAGGAGCGAACUGCGAGACUAUCAUAAAAGACGUCGUACCUUUCCCCUACAUAGAGACUCCUUCGUUCGACGGAUCAUCCUACGUACGCCUAAAACCGUUGAAGGCUUACCAUAAGCUGAAUAUAGAUAUCGAAUUUAAGGCGUUCUCCGAAAACGGGGUGAUAUUGUACAAUCAGCAGAAGUCGGAUGGCACGGGCGACUUUGUUUCGCUCGCUUUGGUAAACGGAUAUUUGGAAUUCAGAUACAAUCUUGGAAAUGGAGCGUUAGUGUUGACAUCUCUGGAGAAAAUAAAAUUGAACGAAUAUCAUAAAGUAUCGGCGAAGAGAUAUCACAGGGAUGGAAUACUAUCCGUGGACAGUAUGGAGGAUAUAACUGGACAGUCCAAUGGAAAUCUGAAGGCUUUAGAUCUAGCUGAAGAUGCCUUUAUUGGCAGCGUGCCUACUAAUUAUUCCAGGGUUUACGAAAACAUAGGAACGAGAGCCGGAUUCGUGGGAUGCAUAAAAUAUCUGAGGAUAAUCCGUCAUCAGGUGACGAAGAAGCUCGGCCGGCCGGAUUCCCUAGUGGUGUCGAUAGAGAACGUAAAGGAGUGUCAGUCGAAUCCGUGCCUGAGUAUGCCGUGCAAAAACGGGGCGACGUGUCGGUCUAUAGCGGACUCUAUGGAGUAUACAUGUAGCUGUCCUAUUGGAUUUCAAGGAGGCAAUUGUGAGGAGAGAUUAGAUCCGUGCGAGUCGAACCCGUGCGGGUAUGAUGAGGGGCUUUUGUGCGAUAUUGGGCCGGACGGCGGACACGUGUGCCGAUGCCUUUUCGGAGGCGAAAUAGAUUCUAAUGGCAACACUUGUAACAAUGAUGUGAACGUCGUUCAGGAAACUUGGACUCCUCAGUUUAACGGUACCAGCUAUAUCGAGUUACCGACUCUCGAAGGCCUGGGCAAGGCUUUCAGUAUCGAAAUUUGGUUCCUAACGAACCGUUUCUCAGGCAUGUUGCUUUACACAGGCCAAUCUAGCAAGGCCAAAGGGGAUUUCGUUUCUAUCAACUUAGUCAACGGAUAUGUUCAGUUUCGGUUCAACUUGGGAAGUGGAAUCGCCAAUAUUACGUCAUCAGUACCAGUGACAAAAGGUCGAUGGCACCGCGUGCGAGCGGCGCGGGCGGAGCGCCACGGCUCCCUGCAGCUGGACCGAAGCCCUACACAGCGGGCCGUAGCCCCACCCCCGUUGGCUCAUCUGGACUUGGCUAUACCGUUAUUCAUCGGCUCUCUACCGGCCUACAUCCGACCGCACAAGAUGUCGGCCGUGACCAGCAGUUUCAUAGGCGCAGUGCAACAGGUCUUUGUUAACGGCAGCCCUCUACCGCUGUACGGUGCGGAGUCGGCCAAGUGCGCCAUAGUGGCCGAGGAGGAUCGACUGCCGUGCGCCACUAGCGGCGUGACUAAGUACACCGGACCGCCUUGUGGGGACGGUCUCACGCCAUGCAAGAACAACGGCUCGUGCAUACCGCUGCUAAACGAAUACAAAUGCAUGUGUCGAGACGGCUACCAGGGAAGGAACUGCGAGGUGCAAUUAAAAGUGGAGAUGCUAAGCGACGGAGCGCCCGUUCACUUCACCGGAAACAAUUACUUCUCGUACAGGAGUCGCGGCGGACGGAGAAAUCGUAAUCUCCGUGGUAUAAGAUACGAGAUCAAAUUCCGGACUAACUCUGACUCUGGCCUUUUGAUGUGGCGAAGAAAGAUCGGCGUGCGGCCUCAAGAUUUCGUGGGCCUUGGUAUUAGCAAAGGUAGACUGCAGCUGUUGUACACCGAUACUGAUGUCAAGGAGAUGAAUUCUGCUCUGAACGAGGACUGGUUCCAAAGCAUAGAGUCUAAGGAGAGGGUAGAUGAUGGGAUGUGGCAUACGGCGGUGGUGCGGCGGCGGAAGAGACUGGCCAUGUUGCAAGUUGACGACUCCCCGCCUAUAAGAGGGUACUCACAGUCGCUGUUAGUACUCUCGAAGGCUAACCCCAAGCUUUGGAUUGGAGGAUCACCUUCACUCCCCCUGGGGUUGCCAGAAGCCUUCUACUCCGGGCUUCAAGGCUGCGUCUCUAGCAUCAAGUCCAGUGGACGACACAUUGACAUCAAAAACCCGAUACGACCGAUGACGGAGGUGAGGUAUUGUGACUAGGUUGCGACUGAUUCUACUUAAUGCAACAGUAAUGCAGCUUCGUUCCUUGUUCGAUCUAGUCUACUUUUUUUCAACAGCAUUUUAGGCUUUGGAGUUUUGCGACCAAUGAGUAUGCCUUCGGUUUACAGUUUCGGCGACAUUAAAGGUACAAGUUGGAAUCGAGUGGAAGGUCGCAACUGCAGAC